AUGUCCUCCCUCUCGGUGCGCUCAUUACGGCCGCUGCUACGGUCGCGGAUACAACCCUCAUGCUCCCAGCGAUGGUAUGCUAGUUCUCCUAGGACGACUGCCUCAAGACUGCCCAAGCGGGCCACCCCGACGCGUACUGCCAAACCGACGCCAGUGCCUCGACCAGCACCCGAAACUCCGAUUGUACGGGCUCCGGAAGGCCUCACGCCAGACAAGUUGAACAAACAGUGGUACGCCACAAAGCUAUACAAUGCUGGUCAGCGUGCAAUCUACAGGCCGCCGUCUCAGGCAGGAAUACUUGCUGCGUCGUACAUCAUAACUGCGUCUUGCCUGUUGACGGCCGGUGCACUGGCUUUCAGCAAUUUGUGGGCCUACGAUUCCUCUUCUGAACUGCCUUGGAUCGUGAGGGUUGCGUGGCGGGCAGGCAUUGUAACUUUCACCAUGGUGGGUGGAUUUGCGUUUCUGCGUCCUACCAGACUUAUCAAGUCCAUCGACCUUGUAUCCAAGGACGGCAUUGUCAAGCUUGCUGUGCAAGUGCGACGGCCGCUACCGUUUCUCCGACCAAAAGAGUACAUCAUCGCCCCAUAUGAGUUUGAGAUGGAUCGGAAAUUUACCCAGCAGAUGGAUGAACCGGAAUUUAUGCAUGACGAUGCGCCACAGUCACAAAGCAUUGUGGCCAAACUUGGUCGAGCCAUCAGUAAAGCAGUGUACUAUCCCUUCGCUGCCACACGACGGCUCAUGACUCUGGAGGGGAUGAUGACAGUUAACCUUAAGGAGGGCGAGAGCCCUGCCAAGCUUGACACCCAAGGGAAAUUCUCAAAUGCUGCUAAGGAUCUGGUGGAAAUGGGAACUAUCAAAUUAUGA